GGUUUGGGAUUUCUUUGAAUUAGGAAUUCUUGAGGAUUUCUUUGAGUUGGGAUUUGGGAAUUUGGGUUGAAAAGGGAGUGAUUCUUUCGAAUUGGGAUCGAUUUGCGGCUGAGUUUUUUGCUGCUUUGUUUGUGAUUGUGAUUCUUGCAAUUUGCCAGCAGAGUUUUUGCAGUCGAAGUAGGUGCCAUUGAUCUGCAGAGAUUUAUUUCUGAAAAAACGGAUUUGAGUGCGAUCAAGUUUUGCAGAGAUGAAUCAACCGAAAAAAGUGAAGCGUAUGAUCGGGAAGUAUGAGCUUGGAAGGACAAUUGGGGAGGGCACAUUUGCAAAAGUGAAAUUCGCAAAGAACACUGAGACGGGGCAGCCUGUGGCGAUCAAGAUUCUUGACAAAGAUAAAGUUCUUAAGCACAAAAUGGCUGAGCAGAUCCGGAGAGAGAUUGCUACAAUGAAAUUGAUCAAACACCCUCACGUUGUUCAGCUAUACGAGGUAAUGGCCAGCAAGACCAAGAUAUUCAUCGUUUUGGAAUUUGUUACCGGAGGAGAGCUCUUUGACAAAAUAGUAAAUCAUGGAAGGAUGCGAGAAGAUGAAGCUAGAAAGUAUUUUCAGCAACUUAUUCACGUUGUCGAUUAUUGCCACAGUAGGGGGGUUUUCCAUAGAGAUCUAAAGCCGGAAAACUUGCUAUUAGAUGCUGCUGGAAACCUCAAAGUUUCCGAUUUUGGGUUGAGUGCUCUGUCCCAGCAAGUCAGGGAUGACGGCUUGCUGCAUACCGCUUGUGGAACACCAAAUUAUGUCGCUCCAGAGGUACUUAAUGACAGAGGAUAUGAUGGAGCAAAUGCAGACUUGUGGUCUUGUGGAGUCAUACUUUUCGUAUUGCUUGCAGGCUACUUGCCUUUCGAUGAUUCCAAUAUUAUAAACCUGUAUAAAAAGAUAUCUUCUGCUGAGUUCACAUGUCCUCCUUGGCUUUCCUUUGGUGCCAUGAAGUUGAUUACUCGAAUCUUGGAGCCGAACCCUCUUAAACGAAUUACAAUCCCCGAAAUAUUGAAGGACGAGUGGUUUAAGAAAGAUUACAAGCCAGCAGUGUUUGACGAGAAAGAAGAUGCAAGUUUGGAUGAUGUGGAAGCCGUGUUCAAGGAUUCAGAGGAAUUUCUCGUGACGGAGAAGAAAGAGCAACAGCCGGCUGCAAUGAAUGCCUUUGAGUUGAUUUCGAUGUCGAAAGGUCUCAAUCUCGGGAAUCUAUUUGAUGAUGAACAGGGGUAUAAGAAGGAAACUAGGUUCACGUCUAAAUCUUCAGCAAAUGAUAUUAUUCAAAAGAUCGAACAAGCUGCAAAACCUCUUGGUUUCGAUGUUCAAAAGAAAAACUACAAGAUGAGGCUAGAAAAUUCAAAAGUGGGAAGGAAAGGAUACCUCAAUGUUGCAACUGAGGUUUUUCAAGUUGCGCCUUCUUUGCACAUGGUCGAGGUUAGGAAAGCAAAGGGAGAUACUCUUGAAUUCCAUAAGUUCUAUAAGAACCUCUCUACAUGCCUUGAGGAUGUAGUUUGGAAAACAGAAGAGGAUAUGCAACAAAUGAAGUAAAUCACGCCGCGAUCUCAAAGAGUGCGUUUUAGAUUCAAGUGUAUAAAUUGAUGGAUUUGUCAUUCUUUCGUUGAUUUGGUUUCUCUCGCGGGACCUUUUUCUUCCGAGAGAGGAGCAUUCGCUUCCGCAGUUUUGAGCUCAUUUCUUGGUGUGAAGAUUGGAGAUCAUAGAUAGUUUUCUUGUAAGGUGUGCUUUAUUAAUAGUCAUGUGUAUAAGGAAUAACACACUAUUCAUUGUAGUGUAUGCAUUUCAAAGAUUGAACACAUAAUUGGGAAAAUAUUGUUUUACUAUUUGCAACAA